GAUGAAGCUUCAGACCAACACCUUUUUGCGUCUCCCACCUUUGAAAUCUUCGCAGGCAGUGUUCUUGGCGAUGCAGAUAAACAAACGCCUUUCAUUCUCUUCUCCAAGCAGACGGGGGGAUCAGACGUUGGAAAAAGCUUAUGGACAAAUGGUCUCGAAUUGAACCUAGUGGCUGGUAAGGUCCAAUUUCUCGUCCACUGUAUGAAGGACAUGCCCACGACGCUGCCACCGAAAUGUCUCCUUGGAGCUGUCCCCGAGCGUGAGGACUGUUCUGAUGCCGUCAUAAUGAGAUCUGACUUGGAUUUCACAUCUAUCGAUCAAUUACCACCUGGCUCCAAAGUUGGAUCGAGUUCUUCGAGGAGAAGAGCCUUAGUUCGGCGAAAUUGGCCUCAUUUAGAGGUGGCAGAAUGUCGCGGCAAUGUAGAUACUCGCCUUGCCAAGCUUGACGCACCUUCUUCACCGUUUUCAUGCAUUCUCUUGGCGACUGCAGGACUAUCACGCCUAGGACUCGAACAUCGAAUCACGCAACGACUUGAUCCUAGUGUGUUCCCUUAUGCGGUUGGACAAGGAGCACUCGGUGUCGAAGUUAGCACAGACCGUCCAGAUAUUCUACAGCUUGUUCAACAUGUCGACCAUAAGCCGUCCAGAUGGCGUGGCAUGGCAGAGAGGGCGAUGCUUCGAAGCCUUCAAGGAGGAUGCUCAUCCUCAAUUGGUGUUUGCUCUUCUUUUGAGCCCCUGAAAGAAAAUGAAUCCGCAGACAAAGAACAACGAGGUCCCGGUAGCGGCACUCUUCGCCUCCAAGCCACGGUCAUCCAUAUUGAAGGAAACUCGGAGAUAUUUGCUGAGGAUGCGAGCACUGUCCUGUGCGAUGACGAAGCAGAACAACUAGGUGUCUCGGUCGCGGAUAUGCUUCUUGAAAAGGGGACGCGAGAUCUAUUGCCAAAACAAUCAUAA